AUGAGCACAAGUGUGAAGAAGACGGAGGAGGAGUGGAGGGCUGUUCUCUCACCCGAGCAAUUCAGGAUCCUCCGCCAGAAGGGCACCGAACCUCCAGGAACAGGAGAGUACAACAAGCACAAGGCCGAAGGUGUAUACAACUGUGCAGGAUGUGGAACACCUCUGUACAAGAGUUCGACCAAGUUUGAUAGUGGCUGCGGAUGGCCUGCAUUUUUCGAUGCAAUCCCUGGCGCAGUAAGUCGUCACACUGAUAACAGUUUCGGUAUGGCGCGCACGGAAAUCACUUGCACGGCCUGCGGAGGCCAUCUGGGCCAUGUAUUCAAGGGAGAAGGGUUCCCUACUCCGACCGAUGAAAGGCACUGUGUAAACUCGAUUUCGCUAAAGUUCAAGGAAGAGUAA